AUGUCUAGUUCAACACGAACAACCUCAUUUACAAACACCCACUCAAUAAACAACACCUCUUGUACUACCACUCCUUCUGCCAACACAUCCUCUCACGAUGUGGUAGAGAUCUCCCGCUCAGACCUUGUCACUGUCAAAGACACAGACUACAAGACAGACAAGCACCUCAUACUCUGUGGUAAAUGCCGCGGUGUACUCAACGUCUCAUCUUAUAGUUGCGUAUGCGAGCUCGAUUCUGAUGCUGCUCGUGCGGCUUGA